AUGGGACGAUCACAAUCCAAACUGACGACAGAAGAACUCAAGGAUCUUCAACGAUGCACACGAUUCGACAAGAAGGAGCUUCAGCAAUGGUAUGGACAUCACGAUUUGAAGUUCUCAGCAAUGUGGCUCUCAAGGCCCUCUUCGUACAAGGGCUUUAUCAAGGACUGCCCUAGCGGAGAGCUUGACAAGCCCGAGUUUCAAAAGAUUUAUAAACAGUUCUUCCCGUUCGGUGACCCGUCCACCUUUGCCGACUAUGUGUUCAACGUCUUCGAUUCAAACAAGAACGGGAAGAUCGAGUUCAAGGAAUUCAUUGUUGCUCUUUCGGUCACGUCUCGAGGAAAUCUUGAGGAAAAGCUACAUUGGGCAUUUCAACUGUACGACAUCGACAACAAUCAAUCGAUCACAUACGACGAGAUGCUGAGCAUCGUCGAUGCCAUCUACAAAAUGGUUGGCACCAUGAUCAAGUUGCCUCCAGACGAGGAUACGCCCGAGAAGCGCGUAUCAAAGAUCUUUUCGCUCAUGGACAAGGACAGGGAUGGUUGUUUGAACUUUGAAGAAUUCAAGGAGGGUUCGAUGAAAGACCCCACGAUCGUGCAGGCGCUCAGUUUAUACGAUGGACUUGUUUAG